AUGGUGGUCGUGGACGAUGUUCUCGGUAAUCAUCUAUCAAGAUACGACUAUAUGAUCUACGCACUAAUCAACAACCAGCAUUGCGCCAAGUCGCACCUUGCAUUCCUGUCCUGGAAACACAUCUUUUCUCUCUUUAGCCUCAGCAAGAUUCUGCCCUUCUACCGACUUGACGAAAACUGGAUGUUCGAAUCAGCAGCCGACCUUGAGAAAGAACUAGCCAAGCUAAUCAACCCUUACUGUCUGGUGCUGUUCCCAGAAGUCUCGGUGGCAACCCCACAACUUAUCAGACGACAUAGAGAGCUCUGCAGAGCGUGUUUUGCACCUGAACUCACUCAUGUACUCUACCCUCGCCACAGCAGCUUUGCAGACUUCAUAUUGGGACUGAAUAAGGGCCAGGCUCUUAGUUACAUCUACGACGCCACCAUCUCGUAUACUGACAAGAAAGAUAAGAUUCUAUGUAAUCCUGGAAACAUAGAUACUCUGUUGACUCAAGUGGAAACGGUUCAUGUUCACAUACACCGAGAACAGUAUCGUCGGCUGCCGCGCCACAGACGUGGUAUUCAGAAGUGGCUGGAAAACACAUGGGUCCACAAGGAUAAGAGUAUCAGAAAGGCCUACAAGCAGUCUGGAUCAAUCAUGGAUGAUGGCAAGCUCAAGGAGAAGGAUAAGUGA